GUGGUAACCAUGACGCCAUAAUGGAACAUUCUUCCCAAGGCGUAGAAGAAACUCCGCUGUAGAGCUCUGCUGCAUAAGGCCACACAGUGUUUUAUGGCUAUUCGGUUAAAGCAAGGGUUGAAUUCCACAAAUCAAAAACCAACCCUUAUUAGAGAACCAACUCUCUAGCACACCUAGGGCCCCAGGCUGUCCUGAAAAGAAAACUGGAAAAAGCAGACUACCCUCUCUCCUUGGGCCAGCUCUCAAACUGCUAGCUGAGCAUCGGAGCCAGACAGCCACUUCCCGCCUAUGUCUGUACAGAACCCAGAGCUGGGGAUGUGACAGCUGCCCAUGGUGCUCACUGCGUCUCUCUCCGGGGAUGGCAGAGAUGCGAGCUGCGCUGCUGGUCCUGCUGUACAUGUGUCACUCAUCAUCUGCCAUUUGCGGCAUCCAGAAAGCCAACAUCAUGGACAACCCCAAGGAGACCCUCGUGGGCAGCAACGAGUUCCCCUGGGUGGUAUCCUUACAGGACCCAGAAUACACCCACCUGGCAUUCGGCUGCAUCCUCAGCGAGUUCUGGAUCCUCAGCACCGCCUCCGAGCUCCAGCACAGGAAGAAGGUCAUUGCUGUUGUCGGUAUAGCGAACAUGGAUCCCAGAAAGAUUGAUCACACAGAGUACUCAGUCAACACCAUCAUCCUCCAUGAUAACUUUAAUAACAAUUCCAUGAGCAACAACAUAGCCCUCGUGAAGACAGAAUCUGCCAUACGUUUCGACGACAUGGUCCAGGCCAUCUGCUUCCUGGGCAAAAAGCUACAUAAACCACUAGCCUUGAAGAACUGCUGGGUGGCAGGAUGGAAUCCCACGUCUGCAACAGGAAAUCACAUGACAAUGAGUAUCCUGAGGAGAAUCUCCGUGAAAGACAUUGGCCUGUGUCCUUUACAUAGAGACCGGAAAACAGAAUGUGCCAGUCACACAAAUAAGGAAUCCAACGUUUGCCUGGGAGAACCAGGAAACCCCAUGAUGUGCCAACUGAACAGGCAGGAUCUCUGGGUCCUCCGAGGAAUCCUGACCUAUGGAGGCGACUCGUGCCCUGGCCUGUUUCUGUAUGCCAGUGUGGAAGACUACAGUGACUGGAUCUUGGCCAAGGCGAGGAGGGCUGGCCCUCCCCUGUCCUCGAUCAACCCCUGGGAGAAGUUGGUCCCCGAGUUCCUCUUUGACGAAUCAAAUAUCGCUCUGACAAAGAACAUGUAUUCUGUACAUGGACAUGCUGAAUGGCCCCGAUCCUAUUCCCAAGGACAAAAAAUGUCCACUCUGUACGACCAGCCAACAGAUGGUGGGCAUAACUUCAGGGUAAAUGGUCUUCAGGAAGCAGGCUGGCCUUCGAAGGUGGCUGUUCAACCUAUGUACUACGACUACUAUGGUGGGGAGGCGGGGGAAGGUGGGGCUGUGGCUGGCCAGAACAGGCUGCAUUGGCCCCAAGAAAUGAUCUUGAUGUCCCUUGUGCUUGUUUUCUUGUCUAGCUAGCAGCUAACCUUCCCCACAGACAAGAAGCUCAGAGUGCAAGGUGCUAGGCAUCUACUGUACUGUUCUUGAUAGGUGUCUGCUCUUGAUAGGUGCCA